AUGGGAGUUCCACAGAUAUGGGAACUUAUCAGAGAACACCAGCAAGAGCCAACCCCUCGAUAUCCAGUGGGUGUAGCAUUACCAGGAAAACGAAUUGCAAUAGAUGCAUAUCAUAUAUUAUUUGAAUGUGGUUUCUUUAAUAGAACUGAAAAUAUUCAGGAUUUAAGUAAACCGAUACUUAAUCUUACACAUAGGCUAAAAGAAUUGGUUGCUCUUGAUUUGUGGUUUUUGUUAGUUUUCGACGGUUGUGAUAAACCUACGAAAAUUCGAAGAACAUCUAAACAAGGGAAGUCUACUGGGCAAGAGUAUAUAAAUGAUUCCUCUGACGUUCUUGUGGAUAGUGUUAGUGAUCCUAUACUGAACGUGAUUCAUCAAAUUUUAAACAAACUCAAUAUUUCAUGGGUUACGACAACAGGAGAAGGUGAGGCCUACUGUUGUUAUCUGCAAAGCAAUCUUCAUGUAGUUGACUAUGUUUGGAGUAACGAUUCAGAUUGUUUUAUAUUUGGAGGAGAUAAAAUCCUGAAGAAUUAUUCUCGACAGUUUGAAGAUGUAGGAGUAACAUCUGAAUAUAACAAGUAUUUUGAUAAGCAGAAAAAUAAUUACAUUACGUUGGUGGAUUAUCAAGAUCUGGUUGAUAACCACCUUAUGUUAAACAAGCAACAAUUAUUACUUUAUAGUAUAUUAUUAGGCGCAGAUUACAACACGGGAGUUAAAGGUUUGGGAAAGGUGAAAAGUUUAAAGAUUGUUGAACAUAAGGAACCAAAUUUUGGUCAAUUAUUUCAUGAUAUAUUUAAUGAUAUCGAUGACACAAAUAAAUUACAGAAAGAAGUUGAAUAUGAGAGAUUUCAAAAGACUGUGUAUCAAUACUGUCAAAAACAUACUAAGUCCCUUUUUGGCAAAAAUUACGGUGGUAGUUUAUUGAGUACUGAUAAAGAUAAUUUUGAAGGCUGGCCUUCGAUUGAUAUUGUGCUUCAUUAUUUCCACCCAAGUAUGAACAAAGUCUUUAACGAUAGUGUCCUAGAACCUACAUAUUCAAAUAUUAAUAGAAGUCAAGGUUAUGAUAGAAUUGAUUUUCUUGCAUUGAAGGAUCUAUUUCAAAAAUAUGAAUUUGGUAACAUCACGAAUUUUGAUAGAUGGUUUCAUAAUACCAUGCAUGAGAUGUUCUUAUUAAAAUAUAUACUUUAUGGGCAGAAUGAUGGGGUCGAUGCUGAAACUUUAAGACAUAAUGUUAAGAUCACAGAGGAAAAAAAUGAAUUCGUUAAUAAUAUUAACCGAGAUAUAUCAUAUUGGAAAGUACGUUAUAAUUCAUUUUUACGAGGUGUGAUAUAUAGAGGGAAUGAAGGGAGCCCUUCCAAGAGAAGUCCGACAAGAAGUCCGGUACGAUCACCUAAGAAUAGUCCUACAAAGAGUCCCACAAAGAGUCCAACUAGAAGUCCAACUAAGAGGCAAAUUGACAUCUUAGAAUAUCCAUACGGUAUGUGGAUUGCAAAAAAUUGUAUACCGGAUAAUCAUCCUCUAGUUUUAGAUUUCCAAGAUAGAGAAACAAUGAGAUUGGAGCAGGAACUGCAAAAGAAACAAGCUAAGAAUAAAAAUAUGUCCCCCAAGAAAAGAUUGAAUCAAUAUAAACAAAGUACAACUUUAGAUUCUUUUUUCAAAAGGAGUUCUACGCCAAUCUUGAGCUCUGCCAGAAUGUCAGAAAGUCCACAACCAAUAAUCAUGAACAAACUCAAUGGUAUUAGGAAAAGAUUAUUUGUUGAAAACGAUGAAACAGAGAGUGAUACAAAUAAUGAAUCAACUGCGAUUUUACCUAAGGCUCAACAACAAAUAAGUACCGUCCCCAAUCAUUCAGAUACUGAAGACACAGACGAUUCUUUAAUUAUACUUGAGGAAAUAUCAGUACUGCCAAGGACCCCAUUCGAAAGGCCUGUUACGACCAUUUCUCCUACAAAGAGGCACAAACAAUCGAACAACAUUGUUAACUCCAUAGAAUAUAAUGAUAAUUUAAAAAUUCGAACACCUGAAAAGAACCGAAUUAGAGAGUUGCCUCCAAGAGUUAACUCUAAUAUAAGUGUAUUAGAUGAAAUGUUCAAUAGUAAUGCUACUGGAGUUAUAGAAUCACCGAAAAAACCACCAUUUCUGGCUAGAACAGAUACAUUCGGGUCCACUACCUCAAAACGUUCGAUAUUAGACGAUAUAAAUUGUGAACUCGAUGAAAUGGUCAAGGAGAUGAAUGAAAACGACACAGAUUCGACAUUGUCAACCGUGUCAGACAAUGAUGACUCAGCCAAGAAUAGAAUACAAGAGGAUGCCUUCAACGAGAGUGACGAUCAACUUUUCGACUUGUAA